UGGCCAAGGAAGGUGAGCGAGUGUCUGGAGGGGAGGACUCGGGAGCGCGACCAGCCGAGGGAUCGAUCGGAUUAAACUCGAUUUGAGUGAAAUUAACACAAAGGAGAGAAGAGCAACGCACCCUAGUCGGCGAGGUCGCAGAUGUGAGACGCGCCGGAGAAACGUUUCAUGAAAAACAUAAAACUUGAACUUUUUUUCUGUUUAUUUAUAUUUGAAACGGAAAAGGGUCACGGUGGAUUUUUUUAAGCAAGCGGAGAUACUAACGAGGAGUUGAUUUGAUAAAAGCUCGAAGUCACCGAGCUUGUUGGGUAUGCACGCCGUGUGCUCUGGACCAAAGACGAAAAGGACCAUCCAGACCGUUACCAGCAACAAAUAUAAAAGCCAGGGUCCGUCAUGGUCUGGGGUUGUCAGUGCCCUUAGCCAAGGAACCAUAUUGAGGACCAUGGAGUAAAAAGCUUCUAAAUAGCAGCCAGCUGAUUAGCUCUUCACUGCAUAAUACACCUCCCUCCAUCGGUGGCUCCCCACCCAGCCAUGGCAGACCCAGGAAUGUUGAGUCUAUUUGGGGACGAUGCAGGGCUAUUCUCAGAUGGAUUAGACAGUUUAGGAGACUGCUUUCCUCAGCAGGCUGCCCCUGCCCAGUCGAACGCUCUAGCCCAGCCAACUAAUCCCUCUCUGAACCAUGAGCACCAGGGAAACAGGGGUUACCACCAGGGGAUGAUCCAUGGUGCUGGGCCCGGUCCAGGGCAGCCUAAAAUGGGGCAAAUGUACGACCACAGCCCCUACACAGGCUACGAUCAGUCUGGUGCCCCUGGUGGACGAAUGAUGGCUCAGAAUGGCCCCAGCCAGGGGCCACCAAAUGUGAAUGCAGGCAUGAAUGGUAUGGCUUCCCACUACCAUAAUAACCCAACUAACUCUAGCAACCCCCACCAUGGAUACCCAGGUGAUGCUGGGGGAGGAGGAGGUGCAGGUGGAGUUUGGGGCCAGCAACAGGGUAGAUCAGCUUAUCAGCAGACUCCAACACAAGUAGGGAGUGGCCCCAACCAGAUGGCAGGCUACCAGAUGUCUCAAGGCAACUAUGGUGGGAUGCAAGGCCCAUCUACACCCAACACAGCUCGUAUGAACCAACACUACCCUCCACAAAGCAUGGCACCCCCUCCUGCUCAGGACCCAUCUCAUUACCUGGCAUGUGUUGGAAUGGGUGGGGCCCAGAUGAGACACCCCCAGCCUCAGCCACAACCCCAGGGCUAUCCGAACAUGGGUCACACACCCCGGUACCCGCUCUCUCCCUCUCGACAGCCACCACACACCCACCAGCACCAACAGGGCAUUGGGGGGUUUGGGGGCGGUCCGUACUCUAGCUACCAGGCUCAGUAUGGAGCCAUUGGACCAGGGAUGGGCCAGGGUGCUAAUGCUAAUAUCAGUACAAACACCAGCCAGGCCAUAGGACCAGGGCAGCUUGGCCAGAGGUUUAACCAGGGAUCAGGCCCAGCAACUGGGCAGCAGGGCCAGCGAUACCCUCCUGGACCAGUACACCAGCCCCAUUCUGCCCCAAUGCAGCAGCAGACAGGGCAGCAGGGCCAGACUAUGCACCCCCUAAACCACCCCCAGAAUCUGCCCCAGUCCCAAAACCAACCACAGUCCCACCUUGGCCCUUCAGCUCAGGGAUCUUACUCCACCCCCUCGUCUAUGUCCCCCAUGCGGGUUUUGGGAGCCCCCACCCCCCCUCCCCAGCAAGGCAGACCCCCUAGCGCAGGACUAGCAGGGCCACCAGAGGUUGCAGGCUACACAGCCCUGCAGUCUCCACCCAGUGCUAUUGCCCAUCCACAGAGAACUCCCCAAACCACAUUAUCUGCCCCACAUCCCCAACACCAGCAGCCCCACAACAUGCCCCCCAAUGCAGGGCAGAUGUAUCCUGCCAUUGGACCACAGCGUGGUCCACAAAUGGGUCCAAAUAGGUCUCAGCUUCAGCAACAGCAAGGGUCUCAUGAAGCUCCAGUCAGCCAGGGCGGAGACCAACGUCUGCUCCAGACACAACAGCAGGCCUCUCGAAGUGGGCAGCCUCUGCAUCCUGCUCCCAUGGGUUUCCAGGGUCCUCCCGUCAGUCCAAAUGGGGCUCUGGCCCCAAACCAGGGCUUAGCACUGUCUGCACAGAGUGGUCAGGCACAGCACACACACCUGCACCCCCAUCACCACCUGCAGAGCACGACCCCUCAACCUACCCAGGUGUCCAACCCAUGGGCUCCUUUGCCUACCACCUCCCACCGGCUCUCCUCGCCUCCUCUUACCCCACAGAAAGUGCCUCAUGUACAGCAUUCCCCUACGGACCCAUCAAGUGAUGCCUCAGUGAUGGUUCCUGACAGGCCAGCAGUUGGUGCCGGUGCACCCAGCCAGUUUAUCAGCACAGAGCAGCCCAACAACCAGGAGACCAAACCAAAAAAGAAGAAGAAGAAGAAGAAAGCAAAAGCACUGGAUGGAGAAAAAGAACAGGGAGGGAAGAAGGCAGCAAUAGGAGGAGGAGGAGCAGAGGAAGAUAUAGAGUCAGAAUUUCCUGGAUCAGGAAAUGAUGCAGGUGAACAGCUUCUUAGCACAAGAAUUCUAGAGGGAGGUUCACCACCAGUGGAGGAGAAGAAAAAGAGGAAAAAGAAACCAAAGGAGAAGACAGAGGGCAAGGAGCCCAAAGAGCCCAAGCCCCCAAGGACAUCCAAAAUACCCAAGACCCCCAAAGAACCCAAGGAGAAGAAGGCCAAGAACUCAACACCCAAGUCCAAGACCCCCAAGAAGACCAACAGUAAGAAGGUAGAUUUGGAGGGCGGGGCUAGUGCUGCUAAGAAGGAUUCUAAGAGGAAGAGAGAGUCAUCAGCCAGCGAUGAUGUGGAGGUGAAGUCUCCACCUUCCUCACCCCCUGAAGAAGAAGAUGAUGACGGUGUACAGAAGCGUCGCUCCAGCCGUCAGGUAAAGAGGAAAAGGUACACGGAGGAUCUGGAGUUUAGAAUUUUAGAGGAUGAUGACAGUGGUGAUGACUCGCCAGCACCGAAAUCCCCAUCGUCGUCAUCCCAGCAACAGGAUGUUGCUGAAGCUGAGGGGCCUGUUGUGGAGAAGAUCAUGGGUCUGCGUACCCCUAAAAAACAGCUGGAGUCAGGGGAGGAAGUGGAAGUGGAGGAGUUCUAUGUCAAGUUCAAGGGCUUUUCGUACCUCCACUGCCGCUGGGCAGACUUAGAGGAGUUGGAGAAGGACAAGAGAAUACAUCAGAAGGUCAAGAGGUUUAAGGCCAAGCAACAACUCAACAACUUUAUAACAGAGAUGGAUGAUGAGCCUUUUAACCCAGACUAUGUGGAGGUGGACCGUGUCCUGGAUGUUUCAGAGAGCACAGAUGAAAAUGGAGAGAUGGUGACCUUAUACUUAGUCAAGUGGUGCAGCCUGCCUUAUGAAGACUCUACCUGGGAGCUGAAGGCCGAUAUCGACCAGUCAAAGAUAGAAGAAUAUGAACGCAUCACAGCACACACACCUAACACUACGAGAGUGGAUCGACCUCCUGCUGCUGACUGGAAAAAGCUGGAGGGCUCCAGGGAAUACAGAAAUGGCAACGCACUCAGGGAAUACCAGCUAGAGGGCCUCAACUGGCUUACUUUCAACUGGUAUAACUCACGUAACUGUAUCUUGGCAGAUGAGAUGGGUCUAGGGAAGACCAUCCAGUCUAUUACAUUCCUUUAUGAGAUGUACAUGAAGGGCAUUGAGGGGCCAUUCCUGGUCAUCGCCCCACUUUCUACCAUUCCCAACUGGGAGCGAGAGUUCAGGACCUGGACUGAGCUCAAUGUGGUGGUGUACCAUGGCAGCCAGGCCAGCCGCAAGACCAUCCAGGCCUAUGAAAUGUACUACAGAGAUGCACAGGGUAAGAUAAUAAAGGGAGUGUAUCGUUUCCAUGCGGUUAUAACAACCUUUGAAAUGAUUCUGGCCGACUGUCCCGAGCUUCGCAGCGUGCCGUGGCGCUGUGUGGUGAUAGAUGAAGCACAUCGCCUCAAAAACCGAAACUGCAAACUACUAGAAGGGCUUAAAAUGAUGGACAUGGAGCACAAAGUUCUGUUGACAGGAACUCCUCUCCAGAACACUGUGGAAGAGCUCUUCAGCUUACUGAACUUCCUGGAGCCUGAGAGAUUCCCGUCUGAGCAGACAUUCAUGACUGAAUUUGGUGACCUUAAGACUGAAGAACAGGUUCAGAAAUUGCAAGGCAUUCUGAAGCCCAUGAUGUUGAGAAGACUAAAGGAAGAUGUGGAAAAGAACCUUGCCCCAAAGGAGGAGACCAUCAUUGAGGUGGAACUGACCAACAUCCAGAAGAAAUACUAUCGAGCCAUUCUGGAGAAGAACUUCUCAUUCCUGUCCAAAGGAGGUGCAGGAGGAGGUGGAAGUGCCAGUGUUCCCAACCUCCUCAACACCAUGAUGGAGCUGAGGAAAUGCUGCAACCACCCCUACCUCAUCAAUGGAGCGGAAGAGAAGAUCAUUGAGGAGUUCAGGGACUCCCAUGGAGGUGGGGCAGAUAUGCCAGACAUGGCACUCCAGGCCAUGAUCCAGGCUGCAGGCAAGUUGGUGCUCAUCGACAAGCUGCUGCCCAAACUGAAGGCAGGUGGCCACAGAGUACUGGUGUUCAGUCAGAUGGUUCGCUGUCUGGACAUCCUGGAGGACUACCUCAUCCAGAAACGGUACCCCUAUGAACGCAUAGAUGGCAGAGUUCGUGGUAACCUGCGGCAGGCAGCUAUCGACAGGUUCUCCCGACCAGACUCGGACCGUUUCGUCUUCCUUCUGUGUACAAGAGCUGGAGGGCUGGGCAUUAACCUGACUGCAGCAGAUACCUGCAUCAUCUUUGACUCAGACUGGAAUCCACAGAAUGACCUGCAGGCCCAAGCCAGGUGUCACCGUAUCGGCCAGUCCAAGUCAGUCAAGAUCUACCGCCUGAUCACCAGGAACAGCUAUGAGAGGGAGAUGUUUGACAAGGCCAGUCUUAAGCUGGGGCUCGACAAGGCUGUUCUCCAGAGCAUGAGCGGACGAGAGAAUGCCAACAGUGGGGUCCAGCAGUUGUCCAAGAAGGAAAUUGAGGACCUGCUGAGAAAAGGAGCAUACGGAGCUUUAAUGGACGAGGAAGAUGAAGGCUCAAAAUUCUGUGAGGAAGACAUCGACCAGAUCCUUCAGAGAAGAACCCACACCAUCACCAUAGAGUCAGAGGGCAAGGGCUCUACAUUUGCUAAGGCCAGUUUUGUCGCAACAGGUAACCGAACAGACAUUUCUCUGGAGGAUCCAGACUUCUGGCAGAAAUGGGCCAAGAAGGCUGAGCUGGACCUGGACACAAUCAACGGACGGAAUACACUGGUGAUCGACACACCGAGAGUGAGAAAACAGACUCGGCACUACAGCAGCGUCAAAGAGGAAGAGAUGCUGGAGUUCUCUGAGCUGGAGAGCGAUGAGGACGAAACAAGCAAACCUUCAUCCAAACCACGACGACCUCAAGAGAAGACCCAGGGCUACCCCCGAUCCGAGUGCUUCAGAGUGGAAAAGAACCUACUGGUCUAUGGUUGGGGCAGGUGGAGUGACAUCUUGGCUCAUGGUCGCUUCAAGCGCCCCUUGAAAGAGGCCGAUGUGGAAACCAUCUGCAGAGCUCUGCUAGCCUACUGCCUGCUGCACUACCGUGGGGACGAGAAUAUUAAAAGUUUCAUCUGGGACCUGAUCACCCCAAGUGAAGAUGGGACCACCAAGACGCUGACCAACCACUCUGGUCUCUCUACCCCAGUCCCUCGGGGCAGGAAGGGGAAGAAGGGGAAGCCCCCGGCCCCGCCUCCACAGACUCCACGAGCUGAUUGGUUGGCCAGCUGCAAUCCUGACCAUUUAUUGCAAGAGGAUAGUUACAAGAGACACCUGAAACAUCACUGUAACAAGGUGUUGCUCAGGGUGAGGAUGCUCUAUUAUCUUAGGCAGGAAGUCGUAGGCAACCAGGCUAAGAGCAUCCUGGAAGGAGCUGACUCCAGCGAUCUGGAUAUCUGGAUUCCCCAGCCUUUCCACGCUGAGGUCCCAGCUGACUGGUGGGACAGCGAGGCUGACAAAUCCCUGCUCAUUGGUGUCUUCAAACAUGGCUAUGAGAAGUACAACUCGAUGCGAGCUGACCCCACCCUGUGUUUCUUGGAGAGGGUGGGUAUGCCUGAUGCCAAGGCUAUCGCCGCUGAGCAGAGGGGCUCUGACAUGAUGGCAGAUGGAGCUGAGGGUGAGGAUGAGGACCCAGAGUACAAGCCGCUGCGAAUGCCUUUUAAAGAUGACUUAGACGACUUCACCAAUUCUCCACUAGAUGACAAAGACGACACUGUGGAAGGCGAGAUCGAAGCUAAAUCAGGUGAAAACAGUCAAAGUGGGCCUGCUGUGGGUGGAGCUUUGGGCUCCAGUGAGCGACUCUAUUGGCCAGCAGCUUCAGCUCUGACAGCCCGUCUGCGUCGCCUCAUCACGGCCUACCAGCGCUCCAACCGGAGAGAGCAGCUCCGCCAGGAGGCCCUCAACCGGCCUGAUGGUCGCCGUCGACGCCGCAGGGAGUUCCUGCCUUCCAUUGCCAUGAGACAGGAGACAGGAGGAGGGUCAGCUUACAUUCAAGAUGGAGCAGCGGUGUUCAUGACAGAAAGUAGCCCAUACAUGGCAAAAGGAAGUGCCUAUUUUGCCAAAAGUGGACAGUUUGUGCCAGAGGCUUCACCAGUGAUGACCACCAGCUCCCUGAUGGCUGAUGGAGCCAUGUACUACAAGGAGAGAAGACAACGAUGGACUCGUCGUGAGGAGGCUGAUUUCUACCGUGUUGUCUCUACCUUUGGAGUAGUCUUUGACACCCAACAUCAGAAAUUUGAUUGGACCCAGUUCAGGGCCUUUGCCAGACUGGACAAAAAAACCGACGAGAGCCUAGAGAAGUAUUACUACUCAUUUAUUGCCAUGUGUAAGCGGGUCUGCCGGAUGCAGGUCAAGACUGAAACAGAACUCCCAGACCCAACCUUGAUCAUUGACCCCAUAACAGAGGAGCGUGCCUCUCGCACCCUGUAUCGCAUUGAGCUGCUUCGCCGCAUUCGAGAGCAGGUCCUUCCCCACCCUCUGCUCUCUGAGCGCCUCAAGCUCUGCCAGCCUUCUCCAGACCUCCCAGAGUGGUGGGAGUGUGGCCGCCAUGACCGGGACCUCCUUCUGGGGGCUUCUAAGCAUGGUGUGAGCCGGACAGAUUAUCAUAUCUUAAAUGACCCUUCCUUUGCUUUUCUGGAAGCCCACCAGCGCUUUACUAGCCAGCGAGGGGCCGGUGUCAGCAUGGGAGCCCAGGGAGAGAUUAACAAAGCUGCCAUGGGAGACGCGGAAAGUAUCCCUGCACCCCUCCUUACGCCAACAGAGCUGGCGAGCCCUGCAGCUGCUCCGAAAACUGCUGCUAAUGCAGCUAAAGUGGAAGGAGUAGUGAGGGAGGGGAAAGCAGAGAUGGAGGUGAAAAUGGAAUCAGAGGGAGCAGACACUACCAACAUUCCAUAUACCAAGACUGAAAUGUCUGAUGAACAGAAGGAAAAUGAAGAAGAGGUUGAAGAAAGGAAAGCUGAGACCACUUCUUCACCAAGAAAGGAGGUCAAGAAAGAGGUGGUCCAACCAAAAAUAGAAAAAGAAGAGCUGGUGGAGCAGAAUGGAGAAGUAGAGAAGACUUGCAAGUCAGCAGAUAACCCAGAGAAAGACUUGACAGAAGAGAAGAGUAGUUUGAAUCUUAACUCUCUCAGGAACCAGGAGGAGAUGACCAAUGAGCUCUCUGAACAUCCUGACUCCUCUACUAAAGCACAACCAAGCCACAAGACUGUAGAAGAGGAUGAUGGAGAGGAGAGGAAGAACCCCAAGUCCCCUAAAUCUCCCAAAUCAGGUGACACAGAGAAGAGCCCAGAGGAGGAAGAGGAUGAGAGGAUGGAUGAAGAUGACAAAUCAGAGAAAUCCUCUCAGGCUGAAGCGAGUGCUGCAUCAGAGCAGAAGAACUUUGAUGAAGAGAGUAUCGCAUCUCUGAGCAUGUUGGCCCGAGAUGAAACCAGAGAUGGGUUCUGUCCCGAUGACCUACCAGAAACGUCUGCACUGCAGGCCUUGCACGACCGCACCUACGCCUUCUCAUUCUGGCCUAAAGAUCGUGUGAUGAUCAACAGGAUGGAUAACAUCUGCGAGGCCGUCCUGAAGGGCAAGUGGCCUGUCAACAGACGCCACAUCUUUGACUUUCCCAGCAACCUGUUGCCAGGGCAUGGCUCCGUGGUAACCACAGCAGCCGUAGCCACGGCGACCGAGAGCCCACUGUCGCGGCGCAGCCUUGCCGAGCUGACAAUGGCUGGCAUACAUACGCCUUACAGUAGGAGUGAAGAUAAAACGGUACCGCCACAGGUUCAUGAGGACGCUCUGAGCCUGACAGUGCCCCGACAGAGGAGGAGGAGGAGGAGAAAGAUCGAGAUUGAGGCAGAGAGGGCGGCAAAGAGACGUAACCUGAUGGAAAUGGUGGCUCAACUGAGAGAGAGCCACGCUGCCGCCGAGUCGCAGAGCCAGGCUAUAGACCUCACCAAGGUUAUGCACCACCACAAGGCUUCUCCCUCACUGGCUGGUUUCCCAAGCGCCCUGGUGACAAGCCCCACCCUCAAGACCCAGAUGGAGUUGCUGCAGCAAGCCCCAUCCUCCCAGCACAGAGCCAAUGGUUCACUGGACACUGACCUGCCCAUCAUGAGGAGGAGGCGUGGCCGCAGGAAAAAUGUGGAAGGCCUGGAGCUGCUGUUCAUGGGCAACAAGAGAGCAGGAGGGGAUGAUGGUGAUGGGAUGAAGGCUCCAGCUGUGGAGGGGGCUCAGGAUGCUGCCCAUGCACACAGACCUCUCACUGUCCCCGAGCAGAGCCCCAGUGCUAGAUCGGUUGCCUCUGGCAGCCUGGAGGAGGAAGAGGCCGCGAUGUCCAACAAGGAGCUGGGAGAGUGGCUGAGGCAGAACCCAACAUACACCAUGGACAUGGCUGGAUUCACACCAAAGAGCGAGGAGUUACUGUUGUCUCAGUUGUCUAAACCCAAGCAGAAGCGCCAUCGUUGUCGAAACCCCAACAAGAUCGACAUCAACACCCUGACUGGAGACGAGAGAGUGCCUGUGGUGAACAGGCGCAAUGGGCGCAAGAUGGGCGGGGCCAUGGCUCCACCAAUGAAGGAGCUUCCCAGAUGGCUGCUGGAGAAUCCAGAAUUUUCUAUUGCCCCUGAUUGGACAGACAUUGUCAAACAGUCGGGUUUCCUCCCAGAAGCCAUGUUUGAUCGCCUUCUGACCGGCCCUGUAGUCAGGGAGGAGGGCGUCCGUCGUCGGGGGCGGCGACCCAAAUCUGAGAUUGCCAAGGCAGCCGCCGCCGCCCAGGCAGCUGCUGCAGCUCAAGCUGCACAUGCAUCACUGGCCUCUGCUGCGUCAUCUGCAGGAGGCAUCAACCCUUUGCUGUUGAACAGUCUGUUUGGAGGGAUGGACCUGUCUUCUCUCCAGAGCCUCCAGUCUCUCCAGUUGGCUGCUGGUCUGAUGGCCUUUCCUCCCCACUCUGACCCCAAGCAGGCUGCUGCCAGUGCUGCUGCCGCCUCCAUGCUGCCUCUCAUGCUGCCUGGCAUGGGAGGCCUGCCCAAUAUGGCCGCCGCCCUACCCAACAUGUUCAGUUUGGGUGGGUUGUUUGGUGGCAACCUUGCGACAGCCGCGGCUGCUGCAACGAACCCCGUCGCCACCGCAUCAGGGAGUACCAAUGGAACAGGGGAGGGAGAGGGAGGAGAGAGCGAUGACACAGUGAUGACAAAUAGGAAGAGAGAGAGGGAGGAACAAGAAGAGGGAGAUGCCUGUGAGGAGGAGGAGGAGGAGGCCCAGGGAAAAGAGGAAGGAGCAAAGAAGCUGAAGAAGAUGAUCGAGAAAGAAGGUGAAGGAACAGAGAAACUGGAUAAAGUUAGUGAUGUCACUGCAUCUCCUCAGGUCGCUGCUGCUGAUUCAUCAGCUGAGGCAUCCAUCAAUGGCGACGCCACCGCCCUGCUGGCUGCAGCUGGCAUGUCUGCCAAUUCUCUGGCUUUCAACCCCUUCCUCCUCUCCACCAUGGCCCCCGGCCUCCUCUACCCCUCCAUGUUCCUACCUCCAGGCCUUGGGGGGCUCAGCUUGCCCGGCUUCCCCGCUGCCUCCACCUUGGCUGAGCUGCAGAGCGCCAUGGCUGGAGCACUGGGUGGUAACACCAUGACCACAAACUCCCCAAGAGAUGAGGAGGAGGAAAAGAAGGGGCAGAAAGUGACAGGAGAGGAGGUGGGGGGGGGAGCUGAGAAAGAGACGAGAGGCGAGGCUGACGACUUAGCUCUGGAGGAUGGAGGGGUGGGAGGAGAGGAGCAGGAGGCAGUGGUGUCUCCGCAGAAGGACAAGAGUGGCUGACAUGCUAUAAAACACACAUCUGACUGGUGGUGACAUCCCCUGCGCGCGCACACACACACGUACACACACACACACACACACGUUUACACGCCUCCGCCAGAAGUGUUCGAACUACAAAUCCGUUUAGUUUUUCUUUACAUUGUUUAUGGAUUCUUUUUCAUUGUUGUUUAUUUCUUGAGCAGGUAUAUUUACUGUGCGUCAGAGAGAACUAGGUGUGUGUUAAGUUAAAAUUUUCUGAUUGAUAGUGUAGCCAGGGAAAGUCCUCACAGCCGCUCACUGAGAGCUCGGCUGCUCACACUUCCUUUUUUCUAUCUGGUUGGAAUGUGUGCACUGAAUGGUGCACCCACACUUUUCUCUUCCACAGUCCCUCAAACAGGACUUCAUGAGGUUACAGUAGUGCUGUAAAUGUUUUGGUUUUUUUUCUUC